AUGGCUAGUCAGUCUCCUGCUGAUCCUCCAGUCGCUACUGACUCGGCGGCCUCUCAGACUCUUCCUGAUCGCACCCAAAACCCCGCCGAUAACAAUGCUCCUCAGGGCGAAGUAUCCAAGAACGCCGCCAAAAAGGCCGCAAAGGCUGCUAAGCUGGCAUCCGAGAAGGCAGACAAGGCUGCUAACAAAGGUGCUGCAAAGCAGGCGCCAAAGGCCCCUAAGAAGAAGAUCGAUGGCGCUGCUCUCAUUGGCAUUGAUGUCUCCAAGGAGGAGGAUUUCCCCGGGUGGUACCAACAGGUUCUUACAAAGGGAGACAUGCUAGACUACUACGAUGUUUCCGGAUGCUUCAUUCUCAAGCCCGCUUCGUUCUAUAUCUGGGAGGAAAUCCAAAAUUGGUUCAAUACGCGGAUCAAAAAGAUGGGAGUCAGGAACUGUUCCUUCCCUCUGUUUGUGUCGGAAGAUGUUUUGAAGCGGGAGAAAGACCAUAUUGAGGGCUUUGCUGCCGAAGUAGCCUGGGUGACUCAUGCAGGCUCGACUCCCCUUGAGAAAAAGAUUGCCAUCCGCCCGACCUCGGAAACUGUGAUGUACCCUUACUACUCGAAGUGGAUCAGGAGCCAUCGAGACCUGCCCCUCAAGCUCAAUCAAUGGAACUCGGUCGUCCGGUGGGAGUUCAAGCAUCCCCAGCCUUUUCUUAGAACCAGAGAGUUCCUCUGGCAGGAAGGACACACCGCUCAUCUGACCCAAGAGGGUGCUCACGAAGAAGUGAUGCAAAUUCUUGACUACUAUGCCCAGAUCUACGAGGAACUCUUAGCUGUUCCCGUUAUCAAGGGUCGAAAGACAGAGAAAGAGAAGUUCGCCGGUGGACUGUACACGACUACCGUUGAGGGGUACAUCCCGUCCACUGGUCGUGGUAUCCAGGGCGGAACAUCUCACGGUCUUGGUCAGAACUUCAGCAAGAUGUUCAACAUCACCGUUGAGGAUCCCUCUGUCAAGGGUGACGAGAAGAAGCCUCCUAUCCAUGUCUGGCAAAACUCCUGGGGUCUCUCUACUCGUACUUUGGGUGUCAUGGUAAUGAUCCACAGUGAUAACCGCGGAUUGGUUCUCCCUCCUCGCGUUGCAGAGACCCAAACCGUCAUCGUUCCUGUCGGCAUUACUGCCAAGACCUCAGACGAGGACCGCGAAAAGUUGUACGCUGAAAUCGAUGGCCUUGUCGCCGUUCUUGAGGCCGCCGGUGUCAGAGCGAUUAGCGACAAGAGAGAAGGAUAUUCCCCUGGCUGGAAGUUCAACGAUUGGGAGCUUCGCGGUGUGCCACUGCGUAUUGAGUUCGGCCCCGGUGAGUCUGCGGGCCACUUUGUCACUGCUGCUCGCCGUGAUGUCCCGGGCAAGGAUGGCAAGACCACUAUUCCCAUUCCCGAUUUUGCGACGGCUGUGCCGGCUAUGCUCGAAACCAUCCACAAUGACCUUUUCAAGCGUGCGGAUGACGAAUACCGCUCCCACAGAAAGCUUAUUACCAACUGGGAUGAUUUCGUCCCUGCCCUCAAUGACAAGAACAUCUGUAUCAUACCCCACUGUCUUACCGAGGAGUGCGAAGACCAAAUCAAGGACAUGAGCGCACGCAAGGCGGAGGAAGACUCGGAUGAGCCCCAAGAUGCGCGGGCCCCCAGCAUGGGAGCCAAGUCCCUUUGCAUUCCCUUCGACCAGCCGGAGGGUAUUACCCCUGGAGUGACUAAGUGCACUAACCCGCAGUGCAGCCGACUGGCUGAGAAAUGGUGCAUGUUUGGACGUUCCUACUAA